AUAAAAUUAACAAUAGGUUACUUUGUUUUGGAUAAAGUAAGAUACGAACCCUCGCAAGAGAGUGUUGGUAUUUGAGGAAAACACAGCGUUUGUUCAGUCGGCUUUGUAUCAGAUUCGUAGACGAUAAAUGACAAGCCGCUUCUGUAAUAUUGUCUUGCAAUCACCAGCCAGCUCAUGUCGUUUUUAUAUCUCAAUCAACCCUGCAAAAUUUACUAUUUCUGCACCCAGAUCAAAUUGUAUCUCAUCAUCUAUCAGCUUUGAGGGAUCCCAAAAGAGAUGUAUUGGGUAUUCUAACUCCAACCUGAAGAAUAGCUGCCGCACGUUAACAGUUACAACUGCUGCGAGUCGCAGGAAGGCGUGCUGUGAUAUUUCUUUCUGGUCCCAAAAUGUGAAUAUGAGGCUUUUCUUACCUACUCAAUCGAAGUUUCGCAAAUUUGGGUGUAAUUCUGGACAGCGAAAUCAUACGUCUGCAGGUUUAUUUAUUGGAUUUUUAGUCUGCUGCUCUGCCUCUGAACCGGUACAUGCUGAAGCAUCAGGAAGAAGUAUGGGAGACAGCUGUGAUUCCUCAACCACUGGCUAUUCGCAUGGAAAGAAGGUCUAUACUGACUAUUCUGUAAUUGGUAUACCUGGAGAUGGAAGAUGUUUAUUUCGUUCUGUUGCUCAUGGUGCUUGUGUAAGAUCAGGGAAGCCCCCUCCUAAUGAGAACUUACAGAGGCAAUUAGCAGAUGAAUUGCGGGCCAGAGUAGCAGAUGAAUUUAUAAAGAGGAGAGAAGAGACCGAAUGGUUCAUCGAAGGUGAUUUUAACACAUAUGUUGCCCAAAUAAGGAAUUCUCAUGUGUGGGGAGGUGAACCAGAACUUUUGAUGGCUUCUCAUGUUCUCCAGAUGCCAAUUAGUGUUUACAUGUAUGACCAGGACGCCAGUGGCCUGAUUUCUAUUGCUGAAUACGGGCAAGAAUAUGGCAAGGACAAUCCUAUUAAGGUUCUGUAUCACGGAUUUGGUCAUUACGAUGCAUUGCACAUUCCCGGGAAGAAAGGACCAAGAUCGAAACUUUAAACUGCAAAUUCAUUGUAAAUGUUUAUCUUGGAGGAGAAGAGACAUGCACAGGCUUUUGAGCUAUGUUAUUGUCUAGAAUGUAACAAGUAGACUGAAUGUGAAUAGUCAAGAGAGAUGUUUCUGAAUAUGUGCUCUCUAGUAGUUUGUGUUCUUCCCUUGAUGAAUCGUGUACUCUUAACCAUUUUUCCUCUCCAUUUGUCUAUCAAGUCUGAGUUCUGAAGUA